AUGACCCGUCUACGCAUUGCCUGCGCCGGCCUAGGCCGUAUGGGAAAACGCCAUGCCGUACACUUCGCCGAACAAACUCCUCGCGCGCACCUAGUGGCCGUCAGUUCCCCCGACGAAACCGAACUGGAAUGGGCACGCGAGCACCUUGGCCCGUUAGGUGUGACAGUAUACAAAAAAUACGACGACAUGCUCAAGCACGAGGGUUUGCAGGCUGUCGUCGUUGCGUCUGCGACGGCCGUACAUGCCGAGCAAGCAAUUAAGGCUAUGGAUGCUGAUAUGCAUGUUUUGUGCGAGAAGCCAUUGUCUACCAGCGUUGAAAUUUCACAAAGCGUCCUCGACGCCGCAAACCGCAAACCCCAUCUCAAAAUCCUCUGCGGCUUCAGCAGACGCUUCGACGCCUCCUACCGCGACGCACACACCAAGAUGCUGGCAGGCACAAUCGGGCGUCCUAGCGUAAUCCGUUCUCAAACAUGCGACAAACUCGAUCCAUCGGGAUUCUUUGUUGCGUAUGCGCAAUUCUCGGGCGGGAUAUUUGUUGAUUGCUCUAUACACGAUAUUGACCUCGCGCUGUGGUUUUAUAGCGAGGAUGGGAAGCCAGGGCCGAUGGUUAAAUCGGUUUCAGCGGUGGGGAUCACGGCAGUAGAGCCAGGUCUGAGGAAGUAUAACGAUCGAGAUAAUGCCGUGGGGCUCGUAGAGUUUCAUGACGGUCGAAUCGCAUACUUUUAUGCUUCGCGCAUGAUGGCCGCGGGACAGGAAGAUUCCACCGAGAUCAUCGGCACAAAAGGUAAAUUGACCGUCAACACGCAGCCUCAAAUCAAUCUCGUCAAUGUCUAUGAAGCCGAUGGCGUGCGAAGGGAGUUGCCGCAGCAUUAUUUUGAUCGCUUCCGAGAGGCGUUUGUGACUGAAGCGAGGGAGUUCACGGAUUGUUGUUUGGAUGAUAAGCCUGUGCCGUUGAAGUUGGAGGGCGCAGUGCAGGCGGUUAGGAUUGGGUAUGCGUUGCAGGAGGCGUUGAUUAGUGGAAAGAAGAUCGUUUUUGACGAGGAGGGCCAGAGGGUUGAGAGGGCUGCGUUAUAA